AUGGCGAAGGUCCUCGCGCUGUUCGCUCUCAGUCUUCCCCUGUGGGGCUGGGUGUUUCUUUGUGUCUCCGAGUGUGGGGUGCAAGCCCGUCACCUGUCUCCGUCCGGCUCCCUGUCCUCUUUAGCAGCCUCCACACUGCACGCGCUUCCGCGGCGCGCGGCUUCGGCCGCCUCGAGCCACGUCUCCACGGCCUUCCUCAGCGCACCUACCGGGAAUGCUUUGAACCUCUCGUCGCCUAAGCCCCCGUUCUCCUCUCCGGCGUCGCCUGCGCCCGCGAUCGCAAGCGCCGUCGCUGCGUCUCAGUCCCCCACGCCGGCUGUCGCGAUUCCCGAAGCUGUGGUGGAUGGCGAGCUCGUGAACGGGAAAAGCGUGCGCGACUGGAAAGUUGAGCGCUCGCUCUACCAGGCGCUGCACAUGGCUCUUGCCGAGGAGAUGGACCGAGACCGGAGCGUCUGCGUGAUGGGCGAAGACGUCGGUCACUACGGGGGCUCGUACAAGGUGACGCGUGAGCUGCAUGCGCGUUUUGGGAAUUUCCGUUGCAUGGACACGCCGAUUUGCGAAAACACGUUCACGGGCAUGGCGGUCGGCGCCGCGAUGAACGGCUUGCGACCAGUCGUCGAGGGCAUGAACAUGGGCUUUCUUCUGCUCGCCUUCAACCAGAUCUCUAACAACGCCGGCAUGGUUCGCUACACGAGUGGAGGCGCCUUCGACGUCCCCAUCGUCAUCCGCGGGCCCGGAGGCGUCGGAAAGCAACUUGGCCCUGAGCACUCGCAGCGCAUCGAGGCGUACCUGAUGGCAGUUCCUGGGCUGAAGAUCGUCGCGUGUUCGACGCCUUACAACGCGCGGGGCUUGCUCAAGUCGGCGAUUCGCGAGAAUAAUCCGGUGGUGUUUUUCGAGCACGUGUUGACCUACAACAUCAAGGAGGAGAUUCCGCUGCUGCCAUAUACGCUGCCGCUGGACAAGGCGGAAGUCCCGCGCGAAGGUAAAGACGUCACCGUGCUCGCCUACGGCAAACUGCGGCACGUUGCGCUGGAGGCCGCCGAGCAGCUCGCGGGCCUCGGGCUCAGCGCCGAAGUCGUGGACCUGAUCUCGCUUAAGCCUCUCGACAUGGCCACGAUCCAGAGCAGCAUCCGGAAGACUGGACGCUGCAUCAUUCUUGACGAAAGCAGCCGCACCGGAGGCAUCGGCGGCGAAAUCUUUGCACAGGUCAUGGAGAACUGUGCCGACGACCUGCUGGAGGUGCCUGUAAGGCUCGCGACGAAAGACAUUCCCACUCCAUACGCAGCGAAGCUGGAAGAGGCGACGAUCGUCACGCCGGAGGACGUUGUGAACUCUGCGCUCUGGCUAGUGUCGAAGCGAGGGCCUUCGGCGCAGCAAGCGUCGCCUUGA